UGACAGCAAGUUGCUACGAAAAGUUUAAGCACCCAUUUCUGAUUUUAAAUUAGCUCUUUAGUUUUGAAGAUGUCAAGAUUGAAUUACAAGGAGAGAUAUGGUUGCAGACAGCUGUUGGGGAUGAUGACAGAGGAUGACAUAUCCUCACUUCGAUUUACUGUCACUAAUAAAAAGACAGAUCUUUUCGAGACCACAUCAGAAUCAAUUGAUGCCAUCCUUUCAAACACAGAGAAUGCAGAGGCAUUCCUGAAACGCAGGAAAGUUCAACGUGACUUCAUAUUCAGAUACCUGACGGAGGACGAGGGGGUUGUGAUACCCAAAAACAGCAACAAAGACCAGCUAGUGAAGAAGGCUCUUGAGGUCUGGACUAUUGAGAAGGUGCGUCCACAAGCUUAUAAAGAUGUCUCCUUCAGUGCUUUAACAAGAGCAGCAAAUUCUCAGAUCGGAUUUAGGCUUCAAACAGCACAUGUCCCCCCUCAACCUGUCUACUCUAAGCCAAUCUACACAUCCCAGAUGUCGGACCUUCAAAGCCCAGCAACUGAGACCAAUCCAGGACCAGCUAUGACUAAUGUGAGACAAAUUGAGACCAGUUUCAGACCAAUUGGUCUGAGAACAAGUGAGAGUGUCUCUGUUUCCUCUGAGGCGACAUACAGUGCUGGCUUUGACCACCUGGCCUUGGCCAGACAGUUUUGUCAGUGGUUCUUCCAGCUUCUCAACAGUCUGAACCCCUCCCUGGGCCAGCCUCCUCAGGAGUGGGGACCACAACACUUCUGGGAGGAUGUGAGGCUACGUCUCCUCUCCAGCGCCGGAGAGCAGUAUACAGAGGAGUACGAAGGAGCAGAGAUGGUCAGCCUGCGUCUCCUGGCCCUGGCGAGGGACGAGAGGCUACUGUUGAGCCCCAACCUGGAGCCUGGUGGCCUGAAGGCCCUGUCCUCCCCCCACGGCCUGGUGCUGGUGGCUGUGGCAGGGACCAUCCACAGAGACAGAGAAUGUGUGGGCAUUUAUGAGCAGGUGUUUGGCCUGAUAUGCUCCCCACUGGACCAGAACAAAUGGAAGAUCAAGUUCAUGGUCAUGAAGAUGAGGGGCCAGGAGGCUCUCAGGGCGGGAGAGAUGCUGCUGUCUCCAAUAUUAACAUGGGAUUCCAACGACCUGCAGCUCCUCUGUAGAUGAUGGGGGACCUGGUGUGAUCGUCAGCAGGGGUCUUCAACCGAGGGUCCGCAGGUCUGGAUCCUAACUAUGGAGACAUUUUAAGUUUCAUCUUUAUAUAAUGUACAGUGAAUGGAUUUUCAUGUAAUGCUUCAUAAGUAGCCUACUUCUAGGUUUACUCAUUGUCAGGAAAUUACUAUUUAACUAUUCUCUAGUUUGGCACAUUUUCCCCCCAGCUAAUCAAUCAUGAUACUGUAAUUGACCUCAGUAACCUCUGAUCUAUUUAUUAGAGUUAUUUGUAACCUUUAUUUAGGCAGGGAGUCCCAUUGAGACCAAAAUCUUUUUCAAAGGAGCCCUGCAUAGAUACACCUUUUAUAUUAUACAGUGGGGAAAAAAAGUAUUUA